UAUACAGAGCCAGACAGAGUGAGACAGAGAGACAGCGAGCGAGAGAGCGAGACAGAGAGCGAGACAGAGAGCGAGACAGAGACAGAGAGAGACGAGACAGAGAGAGAACGAGACAGAGAGAAGAACGAG